AUGGACCUUCUCGGUCUCGACGGUCUUGAAGGGUUCAAUGAAGACACGCCGCCCGUGGUUUCGAUCUCAGCAUCGCAAUCCCUCAACGCGUCGGCCGCCACCCGCGACCCGAUUACGACGGGCCUGGCGCGUCUGGACGAGGCUCUGAAUGACCUCCCAGACCAGCCAAAUCAAGGCGGUAUCCUGCAUGGACAUGUUACGGAAAUCUUCGGACCCCCAGGAGCCGGGAAGACCUCGCUGGCGUUGAAUAUUGCACACCAUGCGCUACGCGACGGCAAAGUAGUCUGGAUCGAUACGGGAUCUCCGGUGCCCAGUUCCCGGCUCGAGGAAAUGUCCAUCAACCUCGACGACUUUAUCUAUUUCCGGGCGCAUACGCUGGCCCAUCUUAUAGCCCUGCUUGGACGUCCACCAAAGGGGUUUCCCCCGCCGGAAACAAACCUCAUUGUCAUCGACUCUGUGUCCAAUUUAUUUCCAGCUUACUUCCCCAGCGCUCAAGAGCUCAAGGACCAGCUCACCGAAGGCAAAAUCACCGAUAAAGCACAUCUGCAAUGGUUGCUCAAUCGCAAAUGGAACAUUGCUAGCGAGCUAGCCACUCACCUGGCCAGACUCGCCGCGAGAAACAUCGCCGUGUUGGUUAUCAACCAAUCCCAUACGAAGAUCAAGCCUCAGUCUCACGCGGUUCUGCAGCCGCUCUUGUCGGGCAGCGCAUGGGAGGCCAGUGUGCAAACACGCAUUGCAAUAUUUCGUGACCUUCCGGAUGAGCGAUUCGCGGAGGUUGAGAAGCGUGCGGGUAAGCCAUUGCCCGAGCAAGCCGAGGAGCUACUCGUUGCAUUUCGCAUCGAACCGGAUGGGCUCUAUGAAAUGGCGGGGAAGGAAUCUCUACCCUCCGAGCCUCUGACUCCCUUGCUAAAAUCUCCUCCCGACUUUGAAUACUAUGAUCCUCCUACUCCGACUCCUUCACCUAUAUCCUCUGUGCUGUCUUCUGUACCACCAUCUUCGGAAUUGAAGUCUCCAACCCUACUACUGCCCAAACCGGUGUCACCAGAGCAGCCUGUGCAGACACCAAAUAAGAAACGGAAGGUAGCGGAGGUAGCCGACAGCCAGGAUGAAGACUCCGAGGAAGAUGUCCCUUGGACAGCAGAGGCAACCUUGAACACGAAUUCAUCGUGA